CCGGGGUCGAUUAUGGGGCUAUGACUAACGGAUUCUACUUGGGGUCACAUUUGCCAGUGCAUUGCAGCCUCUUAGUCUACCUAGGAUUACAACUCAUCCCCUAUCCCGGUACUGGAAAGGCGUGGGUGGAGCAAGCUCUUUGAGUCGAGAAAAUUAUAAAUACUGGGGCGUCUGAGACCUCCAUCUACAAAUCCAGCACACCAUCUCUCCGAUAUCUUGGAUAAGAUUGCACCAUGAUAGUCUCUAAUAUUACACUCACCGCAGUCAUUGGGCUUUGCAUACUGCUGCUCUAUAAAUGCGUGGUAUACCCAGCAUUUCUGUCUCCAUUGUCUAAGAUUCCAAAUGCGCAUUGGUCAGCGCCAAUAUCUCCUGUUUGGAUGCUCUGGAAGCGGUUUCGCAGUCAGAACAAUCGGACAAUCCACAAAGCCCAUGCAAAGCUCGGGCCAAUCGUGAGACUUUCACCGUCGGAGAUCUCCAUCAACUGUGUCGACGGGGGCAUCAAAACCGUCUACUCCGGCGGGUUUGAAAAGCAUGAGUGGUACCCCCGGGUUUUCGGGUCUCUUGGGACUGUCAGUAUGUUCACCAUGACUGGCAGCAAGACCCACUCGACCCGCAAGAGGAUGAUGUCCAGUAUAUACAGCAAGUCGCACUUGCAGUCGUCGCCGCACAUGCGACUAAUCUCCGAAGAGAUCCUAUAUAACCGCCUGCUACCUCAGAUUCAAACCGCAGCGUCCGGUAAUCACCCGGUUGAGGUCCAUGAUUUGAACCAAGGAAUAACCAUGGACUUCGUGUCUUCUUAUCUCUUCGGUCUGGCAAAUGGGACCAACUUCCUCAAGGAUCCGACUGGCCGGCAGAAGCUGCUGGAGCUUUACCAGAGCAGGAAGCCGUACGAGUUCUACCACCAGGAAGUUCCAGAUCUUCUAUCGUGGCUCAAGUCAGUAGGCAUCCGUCCGAUCCCCAAGUGGUGCGAUGCAGCGAACGAAGUCCUCGACGCCUGGGGAUUGGACCUCUGUGAUAAAGCCGAGCAAUCGCUCGGAUCGAUCGACCCAAAGGUAGAACCCGCUGUCUAUAAACAACUCGCCCAAGCACUCUUGAAACAGGUUCCAGUACAAGGAGAAAACCUCAAACAGCGACGCCUUGACAUCGCCUGCGAGAUGUACGAUCAACUCACGGCCGGUUUCGAAACGAGCGCUGUCGCCCUCACCUACCUCUUGUGGGAGCUCUCUCGAAACCCAGAAGUGCAGCAAGGACUCCGUGAAGAAGUUUUGACCCUCGAUCCAACACUCACCUACCCACGGCCUCAGGGAUCAACUGGACUACCAGCUCCAAAAUCAAUCGAUGCACUGCCUCUACUAGACGCCAUCGUCACAGAGACCCUACGUCUGCACGCCCCCAUCCCAGGAAUCCAGCCUCGCGUAACGCCCUAUCCGUCGUGCAGCCUCGCCGGGUAUAACGACAUCCCUCCCAAUACAAGGGUAAACGCCCAGGCUUGGUCGCUGCAUCGUAACCCAGAAGUGUUUCCCAGUCCGGAGACAUGGCAACCCCGACGCUGGCUCAAGAACGCCAACCCGUCGUUGGAUCUUGACGAAAUGCGGCGGUGGUUCUGGGCCUUCGGCAGCGGGGGAAGGAUGUGCGUCGGGAGCAAUCUCGCUUUGCAGGAGAUAAAGCUGGUGGUCGCGGCCAUCUAUACCAAUUUCAAGACGUCUGUCAUUGCCGACGACGACAUGGAAGAAAUCGAUGCUUACACGGUAAAGCCUCGCGGAGAGAGACUAAUCCUGAAGUUCGAGCCCAUAUAGCCAGUAACAGUAUGAAUGAAAAG